GGCCGACCUUUCGUAUUCGGAGCGGUUUUAGUCUGCCUUGCGCACUGCUAACCCAUCACUUCCCCGCGCUCGACCACAUAGCAUCACAGUCAAGAUGCCUUCGGAUUCUUCGCAUCUUGCUAUUGCUUCUCUUGUGCUUAGCAUCGUCUACAGCUACCCCUAUGAAUCGAUCAUGCAUUUAAGGAAAUCCCACUCCCCGGUGGCCUCCAACCGCAUCUCGCUUGUUUGGGAGAUUUGAGACAUGGCCACUUACACUUCUUUUUCUACCCUUCUAACUGGCGUCGCCCAUGCGCAAUCGUACAUCUGCCCUGCGCAUCUUGUUGAUUUGGGCUAUGCAAAGCAUGUUCCGAUUUGGACGAACGUCACUGCCACCGGCACCAAGCUGCUAAAUUACAAUAACAUUCGCUACGCGCAUACGCCUUCAGGACCGCUUCGUUUUCGAAAGCCAGAAACACCACCUACUUAUCAGAACGGUAUCCACAGCGAUAACCGGAACUCUUGGGAAACGGACUGUAUCUCUUCCGCUCCCCAGAGCGUGCCCUUUCCGUUAAUCAGUGGCUCUACUUGGGGCGGGGAAGACUGUCUGUUCCUGAACGUGAUCAAGCCCAGAAACGCAAAAGAAGGGGAUGAACUCCCGGUGCUGGAUUAGUUGGUGGGAUCUGCAGACUCUUUCGGCGGCAAAGACUGGACUGGCUUCGGCAGUGAUACAGACGGC